AUGGAUCUGCUUCCUGCCCAGGAGGCUGCUAAAAUCUACCACACCAACUAUGUGAGAAACUCUCGAGCCAUCGGCGUGAUGUGGGCCGUGUUCACCAUCUGCUUCGUCAUCAUCACCAUGGUGGUCUUCAUCCAGCCGUACUGGAUCGGGGACAGCGUGAAUACUCCGCAGGCCGGGUACUUCGGCCUCUUCCACUAUUGCAUCGGGAACGCGCUCACCUCGGAGCUCGUGUGCAAAGGCAGCGUGCUGGACUUCGCCUCCAUCCCUUCUCCGGCCUUCAGGACCGCCUUGUUUUUCGUGGGGACCUCCAUGCUGCUGAUCGUGGGCACCAUGGUCUGCUUCAGCUUGUUCUUCUUCUGCAACGCCGGGAACGUGUACAAGAUCUGCGCGUGGAUGCAGUUGGCCUCAGCCCUGCUGUUGGUGAUGGGCUGCAUGAUCUACCCGGACGGCUGGGACUCUCCGGAGGUGAAGAGGAUGUGUGGCCAGAAGACGGAUAAGUACAGCCUGGGGAAUUGCACGGUGCGCUGGGCCUACAUCCUGGCCAUCAUCAGCAUCCUGGACGCCCUCCUCCUGGCGCUCCUGUCCUUCACACUGGGAAACAGGCAGGACAAACUGCUGCCAGACGACUUCGAGGUGCAGGGAGGAGCAGCAAACCCCUGAUGAACACGGACGCUGAGGACGGCAGUGUGAUGCGGAUGCAAUGAACAAGCAUAGACUGCAUUAGAUGACCUUUUUUUUACUGAUAUCUAGCUGUCAGUUCACUGCUUUACAAACAAGACAACAAUGAAGCGUUGUAAUUCUGUUCCUGAUGUGCAACAGCUAAUAAACAAGCUCGACACACUCACUUUGUAUUGUAUGAACGUCUGUUUUUAUUGUAUGGUGUGUAAAUUGACAGUUUACACAAAGUCUAUGUUCUUGAAUCUGACACUAAAGUUUGUUUUUACCUAAGCUCAAUAGAUACAUAGGUUACUUUGAUAUGAUCAAUUUGGGACACCAUUACAUAACAUCAGGUCUCACCAUGUCUAUGGUAAAAACAGUGACAUUAUUAAACAGUUGGCCAUACAUACGACUGAACUCGAACACUUCUUCCAUAUGCUUUAUUAAAACACAGCUACCUAGCUAAAUAAUUUUAGCUAAGAUAUAAGAUUUGUUAAAAACUGUACAUAACUGUAAUAUACAUAAAGGCAAACUCUUUGGUACAGAUAUAUACACUUUAUUUUCACUUUUUUUCCUCUAAAUUGGGCUUCUUAACGUGUUGUCUUGUUGAAACCUUUAAAACACUAUAUUCCUGAAUUGUAAUAGUUGUAUGAGAAUACCAGCCUCCCAUGGGAAUGAAAGACCUUUUAUUAUAAUUAACUAACCUCACUAAGUACCAGGUGACAAUGGAUUUGUUAGGGCUAAAUAACAUGACCUACAUUAUCAGACAGUGGAUGUCUCAGUGAGAAACCACAGUCAGCGUAAAUGUUAGCCCAGUGUGCAACUUCCUACGCCUACUUUACAAAUACAAAAUGUAUACCUUACAUGUGUAAUAUAAGAUAAACUUAUUCAUAAAAAAACAACACAGCACUAAUGAGAAUGCACAAGAAAAGAAGAGACAGCAAAUCAUUUUAAGGGGACAGAAUGAGAGGCUACAUAUCCUUAAUUUGUUUGGGUUUUAGUGCAGGAGUGUAACAAGGAUGAGUCACUAGCAGUACAAUAACAGGAUUGCUUAGUUGGGUGGAGGAACGGAGCACAGCAGGUUGGAGCCGACAUGACCACAAAGUAAUAUUAUCCACUGAAGUCCUAACGUCAUCACACCGAGAGAAGAACCAACAAA